UUCGCAUCUUCCUCCUCCUCCAGUACCCUCUCCUUCUCUGUCCUCUUACCAUGUCCUCCCCUCCUCAUCUGCCUCCCUCCCUCUGGCUGGCUUUCUCUUGCUCCCUUCCUCAGAUCCACCCUGUGCCUGGCCUCUCCCCUUUCUUCAUCUAAUCUGACUCCCUUUCCCCUUCCUCUGGCCUGACUGCCCUGACCCAUCCCUUCCUGCCCUGCCCCCUUUGUGCCCCUUUCUCUUUUUCUCUCUCCUUCUCCGGCUUUGCAUUUUUCCUCCACCUCUAAUUCCCUUCAGCUCAGCCUCCCCGCCCAGGUCUGAGCCAACAUGCUGACCCCAAUGGUGGCUGGGGGGGUGGUGUUCCCCGGACUCUUCCUCCUCUCCAAGAACACACUCCAGCGGUUGCCCCAGCUGCGCUGGGAGGAGGCCGACGCGGUCAUUGUUUCAGCCAGGCUAGUGUCCUCUGUCCAAGCUGUCAUGGCCUCCACAGCUGGCUACAUCGUCUCCACCUCCUGCAAGCACAUCAUUGAUGACCAACACUGGCUUUCCUCUGCCUACACACAGUUUGCAGUGCCCUACUUCAUCUAUGAUAUCUACGCCAUGUUUCUCUGUCACUGGCACAAGCACCAGGUCAAGGGGCACGGAGGGGAUGAAGGAGGGGCCAGGGCCCCAGACAGCACCUGGGCUGUGGCGCGCGGCUACCUGCACAAGGAGUUCCUCAUGGUGCUCCACCACGCAGUCAUGGUGCUGGUGUGCUUCCCGCUGUCGGUGGUGUGGCGGCAGGGCAAGGGAGAUUUCUUUCUCGGCUGCUUGCUGAUGGCAGAGGUCAGCACACCCUUCGUCUGCCUUGGCAAGAUCCUUAUCCAGUACAAGCAGCAGCACACACUGCUGCACAAGGUGAACGGGGCCCUGAUGCUGCUCAGCUUCCUCUGCUGCCGGGUGCUGCUCUUCCCCUACCUGUACUGGGCCUACGGGCGGCACGCGGGCCUGCCACUGCUCGCCGUGCCCCUCGCCAUUCCGGCCCACGUCAACCUGGGCGCCGCGCUGCUGCUUGCCCCCCAGCUCUACUGGUUCUUCCUCAUCUGCCGCGGGGCCUGCCGCCUCUUUCGGCCCCGGAGCUCCCCGCCGCCCUCUCCCAGUCAGACCCAGGACUGAGGGUGGAGCCAGGAGAUCCUCCCCCACCACACACGCACACCCCGACGGGGACAGGGCUCUGGGACUGCUGUACGGGGGUGGGGAACCAGGGGCCUGAAAACCCCUUGACUGACGAAUGGACUCCGAAGAAGUGGGCACAGAUUCCCUCAAGGGGCUAAGGGGCAGGGACCAGGUGAAGUGCAAGGCAGGGAGAGAAGGCCUGUUCUCCCCAGGGUGUCUGAGCUGAGGUCAGUGAACCCCUUCCUACACACCCCCUUCUCUGAUCCAACCCUGGGGCCGUGGAGUGCGAAGGGCCGAGGAAGGGCCACCACUGCCCACCCACUGAAGGCUCGAGGACUGUGGGGAGAUGAUGGAGACUCAAGGGAACCGGGCGUCAAAGAAUGUGGGGGAGGCCCUGUGGCCAAGGCCUUCCCAUACCCCCUGCUGCAAACUCCUCUUAGCUCUCUGACGUCUGGGAGGGAAGGGACACCCUAACUAACCCCCAUGGCCUUGCUCAGGGCUGGCUGCCCCCAUAGCUCCUCUCCAGGGGAGGCCAGCCUGAGGAAUCUUACUUAUUUUAUUUAUUCGCCCAAAUUCAGACUAGUCUGUUGGGGUGGGGGGAGGGAGAUGGCUGCUAUCCCCGGCCUUCCCAGUGCUGAGCAAUCCCCGGGCAGGUGAGGGGCACCCAGUUCCUUCCCCCUCAGGCUGCACAUCUUGCCCUCAGGCCGUGGCAUGUCCCUGGUGCUACAGACCUCUUAAGGCUUCCUCCGGUCUGGGGUCGGGGGACCCUGGGAGGUGCUUUACAGGCCGCUAAUAAAGACGAUCUGCG